UCGAUUUAAUGUCAGCAUCGUCUGGAAGCUAUUCAGUAUAGAAAUGGGUUCGACCAGAAAAACACCGGGGUGAUUUUCGGUCUAAAAUUUUGGUCCUUCUUUUCUUCAUUAAAAUUCUUUCUUUAUGCAUUUUAAGUUUGAGUUUGGAAUUAGUUGUAUAUAUCGGUGUAAAACCUCUGCAAUGGCGAACGUCGUUCGAUUAAAUAUGCUGAGAAUCUUCUUGAAUUCUUGUGUCAGCCAGACCCAUAUAAGCCGUAAUUCCCAUUCCCAUGUCGGUGGUCCGAGAUUCCCACAGAGUCUGUGGCGUCAGAUGAGUAGCAGCCACAACAGGAACUGUGAUUCCCAGGAUAACCGAUCUAUCCGUGACAGUCGCAACUACCGUGACUGGCGUAGCAGCCGUAACGAUCGUAGUUCCAGAGGCCUACCCAACCGCGAUGAGCGUAUGCCUCCCGAGGUAGCUGAUUCUAGUGCCACUUUAGUGAGAAUGCAUCAGAGGGAGCGUAGUUCAACGGCGGAUGAGGAAGAAAAGGAGAUGAAGUCCAAGCUGCCGCACCCGAAGCUGCCCUACCACCCCAUGCCCCUGGAGAAAGCAGUGACCAUGCGUCCCUACAACGUUCUGAGGCGGGAGGCCCAGCUAGCCAGGACCCUGAGUUCCUACGACAAUCAGGUGUGCUUUAAGCCGAGCAUUCCACUGCCAGUCAGGGUAUUCCAGCAGUCGUGUUGCACCUAUGACCCCCGGAGAAUGGAGCGCGAGUCAAUGACUUCCCUCUGUGGCGAGCAGGAGCACAACAUGGAGGGAGUCAAAUCACUAAUGGCCGCCAUCGCGAUGCCAGUACGUGAACCGGGAACGGACACCAUUACCCCCAACAAAUGGGAGUGGACCAGGCAACCGAACAUGGAGGCGGAUAAGGCGCAGUCACGGGGGGUUCUGCAGAUGCUAAGACAGGCGAUUUUCAAGGGAGUUUCCGACAAGGGACCACCCACCAAGUUGAGGUCAAAAACGAGCAGCAAACUGGAGUGGAACGGCCUGCGUCCCUGUCGCAAGAACACCGAUCCGUUCGGUAUGGAUCGCAUCAAUGAUACGGCCGACCCUGUCGGGAUUUAUCAAAUGGUGAUAUACUGCUCUCGGCGUGGGACAAAAAGGAGUAGCGAGGUAACCACCAAAACCAGAAGCAUAACGAGCAACUGUCGUAGUCUUGGCAAGGACUCUAGUAGCAGCAAUCGUUCUGCCCUUAUCAAUAGGAUACGUAGACACAUAUGCCGCAGUAGGAAAAUGAUGAGUUUCCCACCCAAAAAUAACCCACUGUGGAAUGUUAGGCGUGCCGCCCAACAGCUGCCAACAACAAGGAGACUCGUCAAGGAUGAGCAGAAGCGUUUGGACAAGCUAAAGGCGGCCAAGGUGCACCUGAAGGUCCUGCAGGACUCUAAGCGUCAUAAAAGCGCAGGGAUAUCAUCUUCCCGUAAAGCCAUACCUCUGUCCAGUCGUCCGUUUGUUAGCCAGGAGAAAAGCCAGUCGUAUCAGGCUCCUGACAAGGUAAAGGAGGAUAAGAAAGAGGAGCAGGAUGAGUUGAUAACCAAGGGCAUGGAGCCCAAAGAUCCAACAGAUCUAGCACCAAAUUAAUCUUCAUCAAC